ACUCAUUCACACUCGACAUCUUUGACCUCGUCCUCCACCACUUCAACACUUAUCUUUUCACCUAUUUCUCGAGCCGUUGUGGUGCCAAACAUCAUUCUCUCUGCUUCACCACUGUUGGCACCGUUUUCCUCCUUUGUCGUGCCCGACCCGCCACUUACCAACAUCUCGUCUUCCUGCGCCUCUGCCAUGUUGUAGUCUCCUUCAGGCACACACGUGAGGGGAACAUCGCCAGCCCGCGAGCCAGCAAAACCACCUGCAUCUUUCUGCCACACCUUCUCCUCCAUCACCUGCUCGACCUCGCCCCAUCCUCAUCAUGAAUCAGAAUCCUCCAGAUCACUGGCGUGGGCCUGCUGGACCUCCUCAGGGUGAUCCUCAGUCUCAACCACGACCUUACGGCACAUUCGGUCCGGCCGGCCCUUCUCAAGGCCAGCACGUCCUACCUCCUCCACCUUCUCCCUAUCAUCAACAUCAUUCCCAACCUCCAACAGGUCAUAGCCUGUCCAUCGCCGAUUUGACUCAAGGUCCUCCAAGCCAUCAGCAGAGUCACCAGUACAACACCCAACCCCCACCUCCUCAACCCCAGAAUCAUCAGCUCGGCCCCAUUGGCCACCCCUUGCCUCAACAUUCCCCCCAGUAUCACCCCCGCGACAGGGAUCUGAGAGAUAUGCGCGACCGCGAACUUGAACUUCGUGAACGCGAGCAUCGAGAACGUACAAAUAUGGAACAUCUUCGUCAACAGGAGGAGAUGAUGAUGAGAGAUCGAGAGGCCCACAGAGAACAGCUGGACCGUAUGAACCGAGAGCAGCAACACGCUCAACGUCCUCCCGUCCAGAGCCAUGCCGCAAUCCCUCUUCACCAGCCCGUGGCAUCCAAGGUGCCCAACUCGAUCCACGGACCAAAUGGACUCCUUGCCAACGGAGGUGCAGGUGCAGGUGCAGGUGGUCCCCAGCACCCCGGCCCACCUCCACCAGGAAGCAAUCUGUUCGGCGGUCCAUCUCAGCAUGACGCUCAACGACAACCUCAGUAUCACCAGCAGGUCGGCCCACCUCAACAUCCUGGCCAACCCAUGCUUCCCAACCCUUCCCCUUUGCAAGCUCCAGCUCAGCUAGCUCACCAAGGCCAACAACCCAUCUUGAACGAUGCCCUCAGCUAUCUUGAUCAAGUCAAAGUCCGCUUCAGUGACCAGCCUGACGUCUACAACAAGUUCCUCGACAUCAUGAAAGACUUCAAGAGUCAGGCAAUCGAUACCCCGGGCGUCAUUGAACGCGUCUCUAACCUUUUCAACGGCCAUCCCACCUUGAUCUCGGGCUUCAACACUUUUCUUCCUCCUGGCUAUCGUAUAGAAUGCGGAACCGACGACAACCCCGAUGCAAUCAGAGUCACCACUCCUAGCGGGACCAUGACUCAAUCUCUGCAAAGACGAGGGCGUCCUCAGUUUGAAAGCAUCGAACCCAGCGGCCCUGGAAAUCAACCACCCAUGCGUCAUGAUGCCUUUGAAACUCGACAUGGUUGGGGCCAGCCUCUCGGAACUUCCCCCGGCCCUCGUCCAGCUGAACUUCCUGGCUACAAAUCUGGCCCCUCUGAUCGUCCUGUCGACGAAGUCACGGCCGCCAUUAACCAGCCAGACCAACGUGGGGUGUCUCAACUCCAAAACGCAGUCACUGCUGUCGCCAAUGGCUCAGCCCGUCCGGCCAUUGCCGGGUCUCCAGGGCCACCUCAAUCCUCCGCCUUCAACAAUGUUCAAGGAGAAUUGAAGCGUGGAGGUCCGGUCGAAUUCAACCAUGCCAUCAGCUACGUGAACAAGAUCAAAAACCGGUUUGCUCAACAACCAGAAGUUUAUAAGCAAUUCUUGGAAAUCCUGCAAACCUACCAGCGCGAAGCAAAACCCAUCCAGGACGUCUAUGCUCAAGUUACUACUCUUUUCAAUUCAGCACCAGAUCUUCUCGAGGACUUUAAGCAAUUUCUGCCAGAAUCAGCUGCUUCUGGCAAAGCCCAGGCCCAACGAGCAAUUGCCCAAGAGGAAACUAGCAACGUCCGUGGGGAACCUGGGUAUGCUAACGCAGCCUCCUCUGUUCCCGUCGUCCAAACCCCGAGACCGGCCUCCAAGAUGCCGCCGAUGGGUCAGUUCGACCCUCCAAGCACCAGCAAGGACAACAAGAAGCGUCGUCACGCGAAUUCGACCCUCACAGCACAAGCCUCGGUCGUGCCUACAGUAGAAUCCAACGUCGUUCAAGGCUCCAGAUCAGGCCCCGUUCAGGUUGGCGUCGCUAACAAGCGUGCCAAACUCAGCAACCAACGACCUGUGAUUAAUGAAGUGGUGAUGACUUCACCCACAUUGGUUCCGCAAGUUCCAGAACCCCUACCUCCCUUCCCCAACUUAUCAACAACCCAAGAGGAGAUGAACUUCUUCGAACGGGUCAAGAAGCAAAUCGGCCAUCGUACGAGCUAUGCUGAAUUCCUCAAGCUGGUGAACCUGUUCUCCCAGGAUCUGAUAGACAAAUACACGUUGGUCGAUCGUGUUGCCUCCUUUAUUGGAGGCAAUCAGGAAUUGAUGGCCUGGUUCAAGGCUUUUCUCAACAUCGAAGAGCAGGAGGAAGUCAUUGAGGCACGUGCUCGACCCGAUCCUGGUCGUGUCAAUCUGGCCCAUUGCCAUGCCCUCGGUCCGAGUUAUCGCCACCUUCCCAAGCGGGAACAAAACAAGACAUGCAAAGGACGCGAUGGCAUGUGCUACGAAGUCUUGAACGACGUCUGGGCAUCGCAUCCUACAUGGGCUUCGGAAGAUUCGGGCUUUAUUGCCCAUCGGAAGAAUCAGUAUGAAGAAUCCCUCCAUCGCAUCGAAGAAGAACGCCACGACUACGACUUCCACAUCGAAUCUUGCCAGCGAACCACCCAAUUGAUGGAGCCAAUCGUUCAGCAAAUCGGGAUCAUGAGUGACGCAGAGAGAGCUGCCUUUAAUCUGAGCCCCACGCUAGGCGGUGCGAGUGAAGCCAUCCCUAAGCGAAUCAUCAUGAAGGUCUACGGCCGAGAGGUUGGGGGCAAGGUGUGGAACGAAAUGCUUUCCAGACCAACCGCAGUAUUGCCAAUCGUCCUCAGCCGCCUCAAACAAAAGCUGGAAGAGUGGAAGCAAGUUCAGAGGGAAUGGGAGAAGGUCUGGCGUGAUUCGAUUCAUAAACAAUUCUGGAAGAGCCUGGAUCACCAAGGGAUCCAUGUCCGGAACCAGGACAAGAAGAAUUUUCUCCCAAAGUCUCUCACCAGUGAGAUUCAAGCCAAGUACGAAGAAGGCAAGAAGAAUCGCGACAAUGGCCUGACGCAGCAGAAGCAUCAACUUGAGUACACCUUUAACGACUUGGAUGUCAUUGUUGAUGCGGCUCGACUUGUGCUCGCUUCGCUGGAGUCGGAGCGGGUCCAGUACAAUCCAUCUGAGCAAGACAAGAUCCGAGCAUGGUUCACCGACUUCAUCCCACGGUUCUUUGGUCUCGAUCCUGAAAAGUUCCACGAACAGAUCGACGCCGAAUCACUGAAAAACAGAGACCACGAUGACAUUCCCGACGACCACGAGAGUGAUGCUCCGCCAGUGACCAAGGGCAAAGCGGGCCGUAAAUCUGACUGGCUUCGCCGACAAGCCCUCGAGAGACGACAUGGUAAAGAGGACAGUGUUGCCUCGGCCAGCAAAGAGUCGACUCCCAUGCCCGGAGCCGGCAGCGAAAUGGAGCUGGAUGAAGACACUACCGGGUCCGACCUCGUGGAGCAGAUUCAAAAGCCGUGGAUCAACGUGGCCAACAACGACCAGUCCGUUCGACAUCUUGCUCUGGAUGACCCGUAUGAGCAUGAAACUUUCAACCUGUACGCGAAUGCCAACAUCUAUUGCUUUUUCCGCCUCUUUGAGACGCUGUACAGUCGGCUGUUGCCAAUCAAAGAAAACGAAGCCAACGUUGAGCAAGCAGUUGCCCGUCAUCGGCCAGUUGACGGCAAGGUCAAGCCUGCCAUCGACUUGCGAAUGAUUGACAAGGGCCCCGAAUAUUUCUUUCCCAACAUUGACGGAAAUAAGAACUACUACGGUCAGAUGUUGCAAAUGUGCGAGGAGGCGGUGAUCAACACCAGCGAGUUGGCUCACCUUGAGGAGACGCUACGGAGAUACUACAACAAGACCGGUUGGCAGCUAUACACGGUCGACAAGCUCGUGGGCGCCAUCUUACGAUUUGUGAUGAACAUUCUCGGCGGUGACGCAAAGGACAAGAGCGUCGACAUUACCAACCUCUUUCUGAAGGAUCGCGAGCGGCCCGACACGACUCGCAAGCAGGAAAUUCAGUAUCGAAAACAAGUUGAACGGCUCUCCAAGGAUGGAGAGGUCUAUCGAAUCAGCUAUACACCCCGCUCGCGGACCUGCACUGUCCGUCUCUUCCCUCAGGACGAAGCGACAUUUGACAGCGAUAGCCUGAGCCCCGAGGCUCGCUGGCAGUACUACAUUGCAUCGUACACCAUGACUGAAGCGACCGAGGGGGUGGAUCUGGGACGUCUACGACCCAGUUACUUGCGACGUAACAUUGCUCCUCAGAAUGCCAAGAUCGAGACGGCAUACGAUGAGGUGUAUGGUAAUCUCAAGCACUUUGACGAGCAGACUGCAUUCGUUACCCCGGACUCGUACAAGGUGAUAUUACAUCAUGAUUUCGGGUGGGUACGAGAAAACCCAGAAGGACAUACGCCUGGCAAGGUGUAUGAGCCAGGUCGGAUAGAAGAAAACGAAAAGUUUCGAGAAAAGUAUGUACGAAAUACGGCGUGGAUGAAGGAUCAGAGGGCGGAGGAUGUGGAACGUCGAAAGGCGGCGUGGGAGCGAGGCAUUCGGGAGGGCAUCUUCGAGUUUGACGAUUAGCGUUGAGGAUUGAUGCAUGAUGGGCUACCGACUGUAUUGUGGACGGCUAUCUGUUGCUAGGAUGAUUGUGUAGUUUUUACCAUAGGAUGAUCUACAGCCCUAGUCCAUCAAACCCCUGGUCUUCCUACUGUGAACCGUGAACCUGUACUCGUCUGCGCAAAUCGCAACGU